GGAGGCAGAGCGCAGCCAUGAUGAUCGAGCCUAGAUGGAGUGAGUGGCUGGACUCUCGGCGACCGGAAGAGUGAAGCCGGGAGGUAUGGGUUGGGCGCCGCCAUGUCAACCUGAUACCGGAAAAGGCGGGUCUCUUCUCCCUGACGGAUCGGCGCCUGAGCUCUGCUGGAGAUGCAGGCAGCCCUGGAAGUUACUGCUCGGUACUGCAGCCGGGAGUUGGAACAGUAUGGCCAAUGUGUGGCGGCCAAGCCUGAGUCCUGGCAUCGGGAUUGUCACCACCUUAAGAUGAGCAUUGCUCGCUGCACAUCCUCCCACCCCAUCAUCCGCCAGAUCCGCCAGGCCUGCGCUGAGCCUUUUGAAGCCUUUGAGGAGUGCCUUCGCUUGAAUGAGGCAGCAGUUGGCAACUGUGCCGAACACAUGCGCCGUUUCCUGCAGUGUGCUGAGCAGGUGCAGCCGCCAAGUUCACCCACAACUGGAGAGGCACAGCCACAGCCACUUCCUGCCUCCUGAAGACCCUCUUGGACUUCGAGAAAAGUAGACAUGAUUGACUAGCCCACUUAAUGUCCUCAUCUGGAAGAGUGACCAUUUUGUUCCUGGACUUUGGGACUCUAAAUAAAUAAAGACUGAGUACAGGGCUUUGGUUCCAGCCUACAGCAUUGAAGGGGGCAAGCACUAGGAGAGCUGGAGGACAGCUCAGGCACCACCUCCAGCUUUACUUAGUCAGUAGGGUGCGCCUGUUGGAGGCUUAGACUUAAGAUGACUCAAACAGCCAUCCCCUGUCCCUGCUGUAUGUAUGCUGGGGAAAGGCUUCUCUCCCACUCACUCUCACCAGAUUGGUUUUUGGUUUUUUUAAGUCUAGGCAGUCCUGAAGCUCAUUAUGGAUACCAAACUGGAUUCAGACUCACAGCUAGGGUUACAGAUGUGAGCCACCAUGCCCAGCUUUCUUCCUUCUGGAACUAGAAUAGAGACCAUCCACUACCUCACACAUGCCAGUCAAUAUGCCCUGCCUGCCAUGGUGCCCUGAGCCUGCGCUCACCACCUCUUUAUACAGUUUUCUUGAGGCUUGUGCGAGGAGCAAUAAAUAGCACAUCUUUUCCACUGCUGAAUCAGAACCAGUUAAGCAGUAGAUAUAGGCCUUGAGCAAUGGAUAUAAAAAUACUGGCCUUCAGGAGGUGGUGCUCGCCUUUAGUCCCAGCACUCGGGAGGCAGAGGCAGGCGGUUCUCUGUGAGUUUGAGGCCAGCAUGGUCUACAGAGCGAGUUCCAGGACAACCAGAGCUGUUACACAGAGAAACUCUGUCUCGACAAAACAAACAAACAAACAACAACAAAAAAAACUGGCCUUAUUAUUGAGAACAGUUGUGUGGAGGCAGAAGCAAGGCUUGAGAAUCAGAAGCUCAAGAUCAUCCACUGCUACAUAGUUUGAAGCCAGACUAAGCCACCCGAGACCCUGUCUUGUUAAAUAAAUUUUAAAAAUUGAAAACUGUGAGAGGA